UUCUUACUCUUGAUAACUCCGGUGUACACGAUUAUCCACUUGAGCUUUUGAGUGGAACAAAGCUUGACAGUUUCACCGACGACAAAAAAAAAUGUGCAAGACGUGCGACUUGACAGUGUUUAGUCCAAAAUUAGCUUAUAAAUGUUAUCAGUGUGAAGUGAUCUUCCAUGAGGAAUGUGCAAAGGUUUUCCCAGAAGCACACCACACUUCCUACCCGCAACACCCACUUAAGCUACUUAUAAAUGAAGCACCAGAUUACACCGAUAAGGAAUGUCUUUUAUGCGGGUUUGAGUUUGAGGAACAACUUCACAACCACCAUUGUGAUGUUUGUAACUUCAGCAUAUGCGGAGAGUGCAUGAAGAACCCACCACCUCUUGGUGUUGUAAGUCCAUCAACCCAUGAACAUCAACUCCAUCUUAUUCCAAGACGUAUUGCUUUCACGUGCAAUGCUUGUGGGAAGCAAGGUGACCGAAGCCCUUGUUUCUGUGUUCAAUGCAAUUUCAUGAUUCAUCAAGAGUGUAUCGAUUUACCCCGUGUCAUAAACAUCAAUCGCCAUGAUCAUCGUAUCUCUUACACCCGUCGUCUUGGACAUGGAAACUGGACAUGCGGAGUUUGUCGUAAAAAAGUGGAUGGAUUCCAUGGAGGGUAUUCUUGUUCCAAAUGUUCAAACUAUGUUGUUCAUUCAAGAUGUGCAAGGAGAAAAGAUGUAUGGGAUAUGAUCGAACUAGAGGGGACGCCCGAAGAGUCUGAGGAAACUCCAUUCGUCGUGAUUAAUGAUAACACCACAAAACAUUUUAGCCAUGAUCAUAACUUACUAAUCAACAUGGAUGGGAGGAUUUUAUAUGAAAGCACACUUUGUCAGGCUUGUGUCUUCUAGAUUUGUUCAUAACCGUUCUACAGUUGCGAGCAAUGUGAUUUCAUUCUCCACAAGAAAUGUGCUAACCUUCCUCGGAAGAAACGUCAUAUGUGCCACAACCAACCAUUCACACUAGACAUGUGUACUGAAUGGAAAGAUGAGAGGUGUCAUCAUUGUCUUCAAAA